UCUCGUUGCGUAGUAGGGUUCCAAACCAGAGAGCAAGAAGCGGAUUGUUAUCGGUUCUUUUCGUUUGAAGGAGUGAGUGAAUUAAGGUUGUGCAUCGGUUGAGGUUGAUCGAAGAUGGGUGACCUGAUUCCGGGGCUCCCGGAGGAGGUGGCGCGGGAAUGCCUGCUCCGGGUGGGGUUCCGUCAGCUCCCAGCAGCGCGCCGCACCUCGCGGCAGUGGAAGGCGGAGGUGGAGUCGCCGCUCUACGGCCGCCUCCGCCGGGCCAACGGCCAUGCCCGCCCAAUCCUCGCCCUCGCCCAGGCCCUUCCUGCGCUCGCCGCCUCCGGCCCGGCCCGCAAGUACGCUGCGUCCGCCGCCCUCUCCAACUCCUACCGGCUCGUGCUCCACGACCCGGCCGACGGAGGGUGGGUCACUCUGCCCCCGCUCCCAGGCGGCCGGGGGCUCCCGCUCUUCUGCCAGCUCGCCGCCGUGGCCUGUGGCGAGAGGAGGAAGCUGGUGGUGGUGGGCGGCUGGGACCCUGAGACGUGGGCGCCGACGGACACGGUGCACGUGUACGACUUCCUGGAGGGCGCGUGGCGGAGCGGCGCGCCGAUGCCUGGGCCGCGUCGGUCGUUCUUCGCAUGCGCGGCGACCGGAAGAAGGGUGUUCGUCGCCGGCGGCCACGACGAGGAGAAGAACGCGCUGCGGUCGGCGGCGGCAUACGACGCCGAGGCCGACGCGUGGGCGGCGCUGCCCGACAUGGCGCUGGAGCGGGACGAGCCAAGAGGGGUCCGCGUCGGCGCCAGGUUCGUCGUGGUUGGCGGGUACCCGACGGAGGCGCAGGGCCGGUUCACCGGCACCGGCGAGGCAUUCGACACAGACGCCUGGGCGUGGGAUCCAGUGCUGGACAGGAUAGUCAACGAGGGGGCGUGCCCGGGGACGUGCUGCGCCGCGCCGUCCGCGGCAGGCGCCAUGUACAUGCUACGUGACGGCCACCUCGCGGUGCGGGACGGCGACAGCGGGUGGCGGGCGGUGGCGCCGGUACCGGAGGACGGGCGCGCGGCGACGGUCAUCGUGGCCAUCGGGGACGGCCGCGUGGCCGCCAUCGGCGCCGGGCGCCACGGCGGUGAGCAGGCCGUGUAUGUGCUCAACAAGGAGGCUGGAACCAACGGGGCGGCGCCGUCGUGGGCGCGCGCCCGGGCGCCGCAGGAGUUCGCCGGGCACGUGCAAGCCGCGUGCUGCGUAGAAGUAUGAUACAGUAACAAAAAAUCAGUAUAUGUACAGUUGUCAAUUAAAUCUGAAUGUUAGUGGCGUUUAGAAAACAACGUACUAAAAUUUAAACCAUA